AUGCCGCGGUUUCUGACACCGUCCAAGGUUGCGCUGCUGGCGCUGAUAUCCAUCUACACGGAGGGCGUUGUGCCCAGCUCGGCCGUCGUGCCUCUGCUGGCGUUUCUCGUCUCGCAUCUGCUGCCGCUGGAGGCGUCCCGGACGGUGGGACAUGGACAUGUACAUGGACAUGGGCUGCCUGCGGACACCGGCAGCAGCAGCGGAAUCGUCGGGAGCAACAGCAGCAGCAGCAGCAGUGGCGGCAGCAGAAGUAACAAAGAGACGGCGGCAGCAGACGAGAGGACGCAGAGGAGGACGGCAACGGUGCCGCUGCAGGGGACGCCGUCUGUAGAGGAAGUGGAGGAGGCUACGAGCUGUCUGGCGUCGUCCGUCCCUGGCAGGUCGAUAUGGGAUCUCUUCCUCAAGCGGCUGUGGCAGUUCGACUGUGCAGACACGCUGGACGAGUUCUUCUCCAGCCUGGCUGAUAUCCUGGUCAGGUCGCGGGAGGAGAGGCUGCUGGACCCGGACAGGGCAAAGGAGGAGGACGAGGAACAGAAGAAGCACGGCAGAGUGAUGCUGGCCCGCCACUCGCCGCUGGGUGCAUUUGUGCGCAGAGUCCGGCUGGAGUAUACGAAGCUGCAGUUCCACGAUGCCAUGGCCCUCUGGAAGGCCUUUAUCCGGUACAGGAUGCCUACAUACGCUGGCUGGGCAAAGAGGAACCCGAUUGAGGCACCCCAGGGGACCGUGGAUGCGAACCUGUGCGAGCUCGGCCUGGGUCUCGACAGCCCGCUGGCCAGGGUGAUGUACGGUGACCUGCUCGCUGACGCUGACGAGGCUGGCGAGGGUGACGAGGGUGCCGGCAUGAGCGUCAGGGACGUCGAACGCCUGCUGGAGUUUCAGAUAUCGAAGAUGCAGGGCAAAGCAACCAGAGUCCCGCCCGGCAUGAUGGCCCAGCUGAGGCGUGUCAUCAUGGCCGGUGCAACCGUGCCUUGUCUUUUUCACUACCUAAGAUUCCUUGACUCUUGGAAGGCCGGGGACCAUCCGUCGUCCCUCGACCAUCUCCAUCGCUACUUUGACUACACGGUCCAGACCAGAGACCGCACUUUUUACCAAUAUGCACUGCUCAACUUGGCCCUGCUGCAAGCCGACUUUGGCUGCCUUGGAGAAGCCAUCUCCGCCUUUCAGGAGACCAUAGCAAUCGGGCGCGAGACCCAUGACAUGAACUGUCUCAACUACUCCAUGACGUGGCUCUACCACUUCGGAAAGAUAUCCCCUGACGAGCUUGCAGAGAUACACAACACCGGCAUGCUCGGAGCUGACAAGGAAGCUCUCGCUUUCCUGCAGACCAAGGCAAAGGAGGCAGAGAUGUGGGGGAUGCUCAGCACUGCUCUUCUCAGCGAGGGCAGACUGGAACUGGCAAACGGAGGAAGCAUUGCAUCCACAUAUGAAAGUAUCAUCAAGGCCUCCCAUGUCUGUAUAACAAGGGGCAGACAGGACUCCAUGGGCCCUCAGAUGAUGCUACAUGCUUCUCUCUACAACAGACUAGGACUCAAUCAUCUUACUUGCUCAACAUACGAAACAUUCCUUGAGUGCUACUCUAGCUUCUCUCCGAUGGACGACAAUCUAUGGGCCACGUUCCGCUGGGCGCAGCAGCUCUCAAAGAACGGAAGAAAUGAGGAGGCAAUGAAUCUGAUGAACAACCUCCCUGCCGAUGACUUACAGCCUCUCAAGCACCAGCAAACCUGGGCCUUCAACAAGGGCCUUUUGAAACUAACACGCCAGCUAAACCGGAACGAUGUACGGGCUUCUGACCAUCUACUGAAACAGCUGGAGGCCGCCUCGCCACCAGACCCCGAGACGCUGAACGCGCUCAACCUGCUCAAGAUCGAGUUCAUGACUCGCCAGGGCGACUACGAAGAGGCUCUCGAGAUCGUCCGCGAAGUCGCUGCGUCGAUGCACCAGAACAACUUCGACGUCGCCACCCAAAUCAGCCUCCUCAUCGCCAAGGCCCGUAUCUUCGACAAGACAGGCUCGCCCGAGCGAGGCUUCACGAUGGCCAUGCGCGCCGCCAAAAUGGCCUACAGCUCGCGAAUGCUGCAAAGCCUAUGGGACGCUAUCGGCGCAGUGUGCGUCGUCCUCAUGAGUUUCCAUGAAUUCUCAGCCGCACUGCUCAUCCUGGAGGCCGUGAUGCCGCAGGUGUUGGAAUGCGAAGACCGUGCGCUUGCAGGAAGGAUGUAUUCCCACCUGGCCGACGGCUACGUUGGGUUGGCGGGCGAGAGUCGUGAUGAUCCUGUACGCAACAAGGAGUUCCUCGCCUGCGCUGUCGAGUGCAUCGACUACGCCUUUGCCGAGUACUCGGCCAUCGAGGAUUCCCUUGGCCAGUGCGAGAUGAUGGGCAAGAAGUCUACCAUCAUGUACCAGCAGCGAGACUUGACCCUCGCCAACGACUUUGCAGCCAAGUACCUGGUUCUCAAGUGCCAGGCCGCCUCGGAGUAUCUCUAA